AUGGACUUUGCAGUUGAAAUAAUGAAAUCAUCGGCGUUUGGUUCAGCUGGUGAGCAAACUGCAAUUCAACAACAUGAAUGUGCCGGCCUAAUUUUACCCGAAAAUAAAUCAAAUCUAGCGAUGACAUCGACUCAAACCGAAACGCUUCAUGAGGUAAAAUUCAGGCCUUUUAAACUUUUUCUUGUCCUUAAAUUAAAUUAA